AUGCAAGAUUGCAAUCCCGUCAAGACUCCAAUGGAGAAGGGCUGUCUCCUACCGGCGCGAUCUGUGAAUCCUGUGUCGCAUCCGUACCGUGAGUUGCUGGGCAGCCUUAUGUACACAAUGUUGUGUGUCCGACCCGACAUAUGCUAUGCGGUUGGAUACCUGGGGCGCUUCCAAAAUCAACCUGGUGAAACUGACUGGCAAGCGCUGAAGAGAGUAGUUCGGUACAUGAAGGAUACGAAGAACCUCAAACUUCAGUACAAGCAGCACAACGACGCUGAGGCACUAGUCGGAUACGCAGACGCCGACUGGGCGUCGGACACUGAAGAUAUAAAAUCUGUUAGCGGCUACAUUUUCAAGGUUUAUGGUAACACCGUGUCCUGGGCUAGCCGCAAGCAACAAACCGUUGCGCUAUCGUCGUGCGAAGCAGAGUAUGCAGCCUUGAGUGCCUCGGCUUCCGAAGGGCUGUGGCUGCACGGAAUCCUCCAGGACCUCAAACAAGUCUAA